AUGACGUCCACGCAAAACCCCCCUCCUGUCACCAUGGAUUAUGACAUCUACCCCGUGCACCCCACCGACGACAAUAAGACCAAUCGCGAGAAGACCAUGUCUUGGACACUGCGGUUCAACGACAUACUCGAUGCUGAAAAGAUCCAGGACUCCCUCCGCCGACUUCUCGAGAUAGGGGACUGGAGGAAGCUCGGUGGGCGUUUGAGGGAGAAGAAAGAUGGGAAGCUUGAGCUCUUUGCCCCACAGCAGUUUAUAGCUGAGCGGCCGGCCUUCUUGUACAAUCACGAUGCCUUGUCGGACAUGAGCAUUAACGAGCACCCGUUGGCUAGUCGGCUCCCCAAGGCAACUGAAGGCCCAUCCCUCCAGAAGUUCGAUGGUCACUUUCGACCGUUGGCAGGCCCGCCAAGUUUUCCAGGAAAUGCUGCAGAAUUGAUUAGCCAGGAAGCGCCUCAAUUAUCAUUGAACAUCACCUCCUUCAACGAUGCAACGCUCGUCACCAUCUCCUGGCCUCAUAUUCUGAUGGAUGCUCUUGGCUACCAAGAUCUCCUGCGCUGCUGGUCGCUCGUGGUCUCGGGUCGAGAAGAGGAAGUUCCACCAUUUUUGGGCGCAACGAAAGAUGUCCUUCUGGAAGCGGAGCAGUCAAAUAGCGAGAAGCCAGAAGACUUCAGACUCGAAGGGAAGCGUCUUGGGACCUUGGGUACUUCCAUGUUUCUGUCCCGGUUCGUAUGGGAUCACCUCCGCAAUCCUCCCGUUGAAACACGCGUCAUUUUCCUUCCCAAGAAGGCAUUUGAGAAGAUCCAGAGUCAAGUCCAGGAAGAGGCUACUGCGGCUGCUCAGGACACUGACGAAAAGCCGUUUGUCGGAGAGGGAGAUGCACUGACAGCAUGGUUCACUCGAACAGUGGCAUGGUCAGAGAAGAAGGCACGGCCAGUAACAAUCGGGAGUCUAGUCAACGCUCGAUUCCGGCUUUCCGCGCUGGCCAACCAACGAGGCGUGUAUAUCCAAAACAUGGUGCUGGGCACAUUUACGUUUCUAUCCCCUCAGACCGCCAGAGGACCCAUGGGGCCAACUGCCGUGGCUCAUCGACGCCACGUCAUAGAGCAGACGACAGAACAGCAGACGCUCAGCUUCAUGCGCUACGCUCGCCGCAUGGCUGAAAAAGGCGGUAACAAAACACCCAUGUUCGGAGAGAAGGACGCGCUGCCGGUCAUGAUCAACAACCUGACCAAGGCCGAAUUGAUCAAGACUGUCGACUUUAGCGGGGCAGUCACGCGUCAGGGAGACAAGACGGAGUCUCGGAGCAAUCCCGUGGGGAGUGCGGUAAACUAUCAUUUCCAACAUUGGGACGAACUCAUGGGCUUCCGCAACUUUUUUGCCGUAAUGGGCAAGGACCAUGAUGAUAACUAUUGGAUUACGGCUGCUAUGUUUCCGAAUGCGUGGGUCAAGUUCGAAGAGGAGAUAGAGAGGCUGCGAUGA